GGGUUCGCUCUGUCCGGCGCCUCGAGCAGCCGGAACGCGGGAUGCGGGCGCGGUUUCCCGGGGCGCGGCCGGUCCCUUCCUGCCGCCCCGGCCCGACACGCGGCGGCUCCGCCCGCGGCCCCGGCUGGGAGAGGGGCGGCGCCGGGAGCGGAGUUCUUACUGGCCGUGCUUGGCAAGAUGGAGCCACCGACCUCCUCCAGGCUGAAUUCCCGAAAGAGAAGAAAAGAUGAAUCUGGCCCCAAUGGGGCAACAGAGCUGGAUGGAAUCCCUUCAAAAAUGUCCCGACGCUCACUCGGACUGAAGGAACCAGCUCCGUUUUCAGAUGAAGUAGAAAUCGAUUACAGCAAGCCAUACAUCAGAGUAACGUAUGAAGAAGCGAUGCGAGGAACACCCUUGGAUCGCCCCGUCAGAGUUUAUGCCGAUGGAAUAUUUGAUUUGUUUCACUCUGGACAUGCCCGCGCCUUGAUGCAAGCGAAGAACCUCUUCCCAAACACAUACCUCAUUGUCGGAGUCUGCAGUGAUGAGCUGACCCAUAACUUCAAGGGCUUCACAGUAAUGAAUGAAAAUGAGCGGUAUGACGCUGUGCAGCACUGUCGCUAUGUGGAUGAAGUGGUGAGAAAUGCACCAUGGACGCUCACUCCUGAAUUCCUGGCAGAGCACAGGAUCGACUUCGUUGCUCAUGAUGAUAUCCCCUAUUCUUCUGCUGGCAGUGAUGAUGUUUAUAAGCAUAUAAAAGAAGCAGGCAUGUUUGCACCAACUCAGAGGACUGAGGGGAUCUCAACAUCAGAUAUCAUCACCCGGAUCGUACGGGACUAUGAUGUUUAUGCCAGACGGAACCUCCAGCGGGGCUACACAGCUAAGGAGCUCAAUGUCAGCUUCAUAAACGAGAAGAAGUAUCACCUGCAAGAGCGUGUGGAUAAGGUGAAAAAGAGGGUGAAGGAUGUAGAGGAGAAGUCAAAGGAAUUUGUCCAGAAAGUGGAGGAGAAGAGUAUCGAUCUCAUUCAGAAAUGGGAAGAGAAGUCCCGGGAAUUCAUCGGCAAUUUCCUGGAGAUGUUUGGCCCAGAAGGCGCAUUGAAACACAUGCUAAAGGAGGGCAAGGGCCGGAUGCUGCAGGCCAUCAGCCCAAAGCAGAGUCCCAGCAGUAGCCCCACACAUGACCGCUCCCCAUCUCCCUCCUUCCGCUGGCCCUUUUCAACCAAGACUCCUCCUUCCUCACCGGCCAACCGCUCCAGGAAAGAGUCUGCAGUCACCUACGACAUCAGUGAGGAUGAAGAGGAUUAAGCAACCAGCUGGAAUUUGCUACAAACCGCUAAUCAUCGAAUCCUAAGUCCAGACCCACUGGGGAACUCUAAAUGAGCAAAAGAGCCAUAGGAACAGGGCUGACGGUGAGCGCAGGGCCUUGGAGGCACCCGUUGCUCUUAGCAAGGGCUGCUGCCUGGAAGCACAUUCAAACCUCUCCCUUCUCCCCAAAUCUCCUUUUUAUUGUUUAUGUUUUAGUGGUUUCCAGGGGGAACUUGGGGGUUAUAUUUUAAGAAAAUACUCUUUUAAAAGUGCAAAGAAUAGCACUCAUGCGUGGCUUUUGUUUCAGUUUCUUUUCCCCGGUUAAACCUCCAGUCAAGAGGAAGAGUGGGAAGACCCAUCUGUUCCCUUCUUUCCUUCAGCUCUUCUGUCUUAUUCCCCCCACCCCCAGGCAGAAUCUGUGCUGCUGCCAAAUGAAAGAUCCCAGAGUUCCUCAACCAGCGUGGCCUCAAGAGCAUGCAGGAAGCGGUGGUGUAAAGAGGCUUCUAGGAAACAGAGACAUCUCUGCUGCACUGGAGCCAGUAGGAAUUUAUCUAGCAGACCCUGUAGUGCUCACGCGCCUCUUAGCUGAAGUUCCCAGUGUGUCACAGUGAGGACGUGCUGGGUAAGGGCCUACCAGUUUAGCACGCAGGAGUUUCAGCUGGGAAGAACUCGCAGCAUCCUAGAGUUGCACACCCUGUAAGUGUGCAGCGUUCACAGUUCCCGAUUGUAUUGAGGGCUCUAGGGAAAAGUCCUUUCCAGCUAAUCUUAACAAGACUGCUGAACCUUGAGUUAAAAUUCAGCCCUCAGUUGCUGUUGGAGAGAAGAGAAUGAAUCUUUGCUUUGGGGCACUUGCUGUCUGUACGUUUCCUUGGGCAUGUGAGAGCCCAGGUAGGAAACGAAUGUGUGUACUCCUUUGAGAAGUUCCUUGUCCCAGUCUGGUGUGUAAUAAGUUUUGCUGUCUGUCAAAAUGGCCCCUCAACACUGUACUCUGUGCGUGUCUGUCUGUGUUUCAGUUGCUGUGCUCUAGGGGCUGGAGCAGUCCUUUACACUGGUGCCAUGAAGUCGCUGCUAUAAGGACAAAACGUGAAUUCGUACAGCCAGUUUGCUGUCCAUGUGGGUGUGUGCAGCUGGACAGAUGAAGGGCACAUUUUACUGCAGUGAAAGGUCCCAGUCCCAUGUGACAGUUGCCCAGCUUGCGCAUAAAGCAGUGCCUGCUUGUUCUGCUCCUUGAGACAGACCAGAAAGAGCAUCAGAGAGCACGGCAACUUUUUAAGAUUUUAAACGUGUAAUGUGCUCAUUUGAAAUCAUGGUCCAAGUUGUGUCUGCUGUCAUGUCUGUAUAAGCACUGAGCUUUGUGGCCUGCAGCUCCUUGCGGGCAGUUGCCCUCCCUGUGCUUCGUGCCUGUGUAGAGGAUGUCAAUGCGCUCUGUCCCAGCAGCCAGCACUGGAGGAACUGGACUUGCUGUUGCAUAGCUGCGAAGGUCCCGCAUGCUUUUCUGUUCAGGUUUGCCUGUGAUAUGUGUUGUCUCUGGGUGGAGCUGCUGGGCUGAGUUGCCUGUAUCCUCCUGCAAUGCUGGGAGCAGAAGAGGAGAGCUCAGAGCCUGGUCAGUAGUACCACAGGGAGGUCUUCAGAGCGGGAUGCAGGGCUCCAGGAGCAGUGGGUGCAAGGAAGCAAAUCGUCAAGUGCUGUCGCAGGCUCUGUGCAGCACAAUGCUUCCAGGGGAUGCAGGGUCCCGGUAAUAGGAGCAGGCUGGUGCUUCUUUCCAGCCUUUAUCUUACUGAUCCUUUGUCACACUGCCCAAAGGGCUUGGCAGAGACUGCUUCUACUGAGGCCAGAGCUGAUAUAGGAAAGAGUGUUUUGGGGAUUCCUCAUCUGCCACUUGGACCUCUCUCAGCAGGGCUGUGCACGUCUCUGGGACCGUGGCUGACUGCUGUGGAGUUUAAGCUGUAAGGAACAAAUAACAGUCGCUUGGUACAAGCCAGUUGUUAAACCCCUGAUUUAUGAGUGGUAGAACACUUACUUGGUAUCACCCACUUUCUCUUUUCCCUCAUCCUUCCCACCUUCCCUUCCGCACCUUUCCCUCAGUAUGGGUGUUGUGUUGCUUUGCCGAGCCAGAUCAUAAAAGCCAGGCUGCUUUAGAGCCUUACUACUGUUUUAAACACAAGUUAUGCAAUGGUGUUCUGUAAUUUUGGAUAACAAUGGUGUUUUGGAUGGUGGUUUGUGCUGCAGAGACCUUAGUGUAUUUCUUGGUCUUUCGGCAAAACCUGGGGUGCUUUGUAAGAAGGCAGACAUGGUUUUACAUGUAGCUUGGAAUAACAGAGCUGUCUCUCAUAACUGAUAAUCCCUAAUUCCUCCUUGCACUUAAAUUAAAAUGGACACAUGAAUCCCA